AUGAAGCCUAGCACGGCAAACUAUGCACUCGUGACCACGUGCCAUUUCAACACCCGCCGCACAGAGGCCUUCGAGCAGGAUGAAUAUCUCACCCUGCGCAUCUGCAGCGCAGUAGGAGCUCAUAGAUAUUGCUGUGGCAACAAACCUGUGAAGAACUCCCUGCUGACUGCUGCGUACAAGACGUACGCCAGUGACUUGCGUGAGACGUCGCUUCCAGAAUCGCGUGCCGUCGACCGUGCUGAAAACUACAGCUUGCUCAGCUGCAUGUUUUGUGUGACUUGGGCUGUUGCUCAGACUUUGGUUUGGGAACGGGCAGUGCUGCAGGCUACCGUUCGCGAUGUGGUGGUUUUAAGUGUGUUUGUUGCUGGGAAGCUCCUUGUUGGCAAGAGGUUGGUUGGUCCACGUUUGAACAUUUCUGCGCACUAUCCCACGCCCGCAUGCCUGGAAGUGGUUGCAGUCCUCCAAUGCAGGGUCGCGUCGGGCCCCGUGCUGCAUCAGUUCUAUUUUUCAAUGGCAGCACCAGGAACACCUGUCGCGGACCUGGCAGGGUGUAGAGGUGGCUCUCAUGACUCCUGCGUUGCUGGCUUUGAGCUGAUGUGGGUGUCCAUGGCUGGGCCCACACGCUGGCGCCUGGAGCUUGGCGCCACGGGCGAGCUGCCGAUUGCUUGUGGCGAUGUCGUUUGUGCCUUACACGGGUCGCCUGAUGCUGGCUGGCAAGGUGAGAGGACGCUUUGGGGUGCCCCGCGACUGGUGGUUCGUGAUGAGCUUGGCGGAGAGCUAGUUUUGGAAGGUAGGAAUUGUGCCAGUGGCUGUGUGUAUCUGGUGCCAGGCGAUGACAGAGGACCGACGGCAGACUGGGUGGCAGAGUGGCUUCCGGAGAGGCCCGGCCCGUACGAAGUCCACGUGCUCUACCCCGGUGUUGGGGAGAACCAGGAGGUUCUGCCAGAUGCGAUACAAUCGAUACCGGGGUGUUUGGGUGUUCUGGAUUCAGUAGUGGGAUUGACGUACGUUGAGUUCUGGACAUGCGGCGACAACCUGCAGCGUCAUGGGCGUUACCCGCUUUCUGACGACUGGCGAUCGGAGACUGCUUGGCUGUUAAGUGCAGGCUGCACGCUCCUCCGCCGUAACUCUGACAUCGGCGUGUCCUUGCAAAUGCCAGAGAGCAGAUUUCGUCAGGUCUCUGUCGCCACCUGCGACGAACAGUCCGAUCGCCCGCAUCUGGUAGUGCAGCUCACGGUCCUCUCACGCCUGGCCGGGCCUAUCGAGUGUUGGCCAGAAACACUGGCGCCGCAGGCUGCGCUGGGCUACAACAUGAUCCACUUCACCCCGAUCCAGAAGCCAGGUGAAAGCGGGAGCUGCUAUGCUUUGGACGACCAGGGGGACGUUGACUCCACACUGAUGGAGUCACCACCGGCCGACACGGAAGGAAGGUUUCAAGUGGUACAGAACGCGGUGGAAAGACUGGAGGAAUUGGGGCUGCUCUCUGCUGUUGACAUUGUGCUCAACCACUCUGCAGGCAGUGCGCCAUGGCUGUUGGAGCACCCGGAGUCGGCUUACAGUGUGCACACCUGUCCUCAUCUGACGGCUGCUGCAGAGUUGGACCUGAAGCUGGCAUGGUUCUCCAACGAGCUCAAGAAUGGCAACUUUGGCGGUCCGCAAAUCCAGAACCACGGCGAUGUCGAGCGUGUGCUCGACGGGAUCCGACAGCAUGUUUUGGGCGCGCUGAAGCUACGCGAAUAUUUCCGUGUGGACGAGGCAGCAUGCGUUGAAGCAUGGAGUGCCGCGGAAGCGGUCAACGACAGGAAGCCCCACCAGGAGUGCUACGAUGCCCUGAGGAACAGCCUUCUGCCAACGCUCGGGCACAAGCGUAGUGGCGCUGUCAUCCCUGGUGACGUGUCACGGGCCUGCUGCGGGGACCUGGGAAGCCUCAAGGGCUACAUUGGCCGCCUUCAGAAGGACCUCGGUGACCACUUUGGCGCCUUGGAAGGUGACAUUGUCAAUUCCCUUCGCGGGGCCAUCACUUACGAGAGGCUAGAGUUGCGCAAGGGCCCUGUGGGCGAUGGAAACAUGGCCUUGGUGGAACCUUACUUCCGCCGUAUCCAGCUGACCCCUGGUGCCGCACAGCGGCUGGGUUAUGAGUCUGACAUUAUGGCGCACAACGGAUGGGUUAUGGAUUGGCCAGCUACAGAGGACUUUGCAAUGCCUUCCUGGCGGAUGGUGUACUUGCGCCGGCACCUGUGUGUGUGGACCGAUACAGUCAAGCUGUUCUAUGGCCGGUCUAGAGAGGAUGCUCCAUUUCUGUGGGACUUCAUGACGGACUAUGCUGUGGGUAUGGCCAAGAUUUUCCAUGCCGUGCGUCUGGACAAUGCACACUCCACGCCGCUUCAUGUGAGCCGGCACGUGCUCUCGCGUGUUCGAGAGGCCAAUCCUCACUGCUGGGUCUUCGCAGAACUGUUCACCGGCAACUUCGAAACCGAUCUCCUGUAUCAACGGACUCUGGGCAUCAACGCGCUGAUCCGUGAGGCCAUGCAGUGCGAUAGCCCGCAUGAUCUCGGCCACAAGCUGGAGAGCCCCCUCUGGAACGGGCAUCCGGUCGGAGCUUUGUCGCCCGUUCCGACGCUGGACCGAGCUCCUCCUACAGCGCAGCAGAAGCACCUCAGCAAAUGCCCAUCACGGUCCCUUCUCGCUGCGCCAGCACGUGAAGCACUUCCCCUGCUCCCACGCCACUGUCCUGCACUCCUCUUCGACUGUACGCAUGACAACCAGACGCCUGCACAAAAGCGGCACCCAAGGGACGCCCUACCAAAUGCGGCAAUCGUUGCCGCCAGCUGCGCAAGCGCCGGCAGUGUUCGUGGCUACGACGACCUCUUCCCUUCCAAUCCGUCCGUGGUCAGCGAGCGAAGGCUCUAUGCGAAGGCGCCGCAUGCAGAGCUGGUAAAUGUCAGUGGCCUCGACCUGGCUGCAGAGUCAUCUAGGGCAGAGGAGGCCCCUGAAUCUGAGAAGGAGUUUGAGAUUAUCUGGCACGAGCCGGCCUCCAAAGUCGUCGCGCGCGGUGCAUGGGAUGGCUGGCGAGAGGACCUGACAUUUCAGAAAACAGCAAGUGGACACUGGAGCGCGAAGUUGAAAGUGGAGGUUCACCGGCUGCCCUUGCAAUACAAGUUCAUUGUCGAUGACACGUGGACGAUCAAUCGGAAACUUCCCCUGGCCCAGGACGAACAUGGCAACCAGAACAACGUUCUCAGCGUGCCUGGUGCAGCUUCUACUCCAAGCUCCCCAAAUUCAAUCUCGGGGCCGGAUGUGCUGGUCAACAACCUGCCUGGCAUCCUGCUGGUGAAGCAGGUCCUCAACAGACUUCACACCCGCCUUGGUUGUGAAGGAUACACUGAAAUCGGUGUUCAUUUCUUGGCCGAUGAUGCUUUGGCGAUUGAGAGGCGAUCCCCUGACAACGGGCACUCCGUGUGGUUUGUCGUUCGCUCUGCUUUCUGGAGAGACCGCAUGGGUGACGGCUUGUCCGGCGGCACUGAAGAGUUGGAGGUGGACGGGAUCAUCGCGCACUUGCAUGUCGCGGCCACAUUGUUUGUGGGUGAUCAACAUGAGAACGGCUACCGUCCGGACGGCAAGUUGGUCACAGGCAUGGAGUGCUUUUUGCACGUCUACAGCUCCGUCCACGAGGUCGCGAAUGUCUGGACGCAAGGGGGCAAUUCCCGCCUCCGCCUGCACCGAUUCCCGCCUGGCAGCAUUCUCGUGUUCAGCACUGAUGUCUCGAAGACACAAGCGCGACAGAAGGCAGUGAUGGAUCUGCUUGCGGCCGAACAGAUCUCGAGACCUUUGCAAGGUCUCAGUUUGCACCAGGUCAACUACCUGCUGUACUCCUGCGAGGCAGAGGAAAGGGACCGGUCGAACGGGGCACGAGGCGCCUACGAGAUUCCGGGCUUUGGCCCGUUUGCCUACUGUGGCCUUAUGGGAGUCUGCGCUGCCUUGGAUGAGGCCAGGAGGCAGUACACCGAAGCCGAGCUUCUCACCAGUCCAGUUCUUGCAAACGUGCGGCAGGGCGAUUGGCUUAUGGCUUGUUUGACCCAACGCCUGGUCCACAUGCCGGGGCUCGAGAUGGUGAAGGAAUGGUUGGAGAAGGCUGCAGGCGUCCUUGCCAACUGCCCACGCAAGCUAGCUCCGUUCUACUUUGACCUCAUGGUGCCCGGGCUUUGUGCCGCGGCAAGCAAAUUGCUUCUCGACCUGUCCUCCGACUUCGUCUCGGAAUUCAAUGGAGCUUCUGAUCUGAUUCGAGAUGUCGCACUGGCAACCACCCAGUUUUGGGGUGCGACAAAGUCUGCGCCGCUGCAUUGGGACCUGGCACAGCGCGAUGGCUGGCACAAGCUGCCCUCGCUGUGUGCUGGCCUCCCACACUUCGCAGCCGGCUUUAUGCGGAACUGGGGCCGGGACACCUUCAUCGCGCUCAAGGGGUGCCUGCUGGUCACGGGCCACUUCCAGGAGGCUCGGGACACUCUUCUGGUCUAUGCCAGUGUCAUUCGACAUGGCCUGUGCCCAAACCUCUUGGAUGCCGCCAACCGCCCGCGCUACAACGCUCGUGACGCAACCUGGUUCUUCAUGCAGGCGAUUCAAGAUUACGUGGCAGAGUCACCGGAGGGUGAGAGCUUCCUGUCCACCCCGGUCAGCUUGAAGUGGCCAGUCAAGGAUUGGGAUCCAGAUCUUGCUCAUGUGGAGGUGAAGACCAUAGCCGACGUAAUCCAUCUCAUAUUCUCAGCGCACGCGAAGGGCAUCAGCUUCCGCGAGUGGGGUGCAGGACGAGGUCCUGACGCUGGAAAAGGAAUCGAUGAUGACAUGAGCGAGUGGGGUUUCGAUGUCAACGUAAGGCUUGACGAGAAGACAGGCUUGAUCUUCGGAGGAAGCGAGCAUAACUGUGGCACAUGGAUGGACAAGAUGGGCUCUUCGGCAAAGGCCGGCAACAAGGGAAAACCUGCCACACCUCGAGAUGGCGCAGCCGUGGAGAUCAUUGGUCUUCUCAAAUCAGCUCUCCGAUGGGUCUCUGGUUUGAGCAGAGAAGUCUUCCCCUACGAGCAAGUCAGGACGGCGUCGGGUCAGCAGCUGACAUACAAAGACUGGGAUGGCCGACUGGCAGAGAACUUUGAGCGCUUGUUCUGGAUUGACCCAGAUGAGAAAACUGGAGCUUCAGUUGCUGGUAUCUACCGCGACACGCUUGGAGCCACACGCAAAUGGCAAGAUGCCCAGCUGCGGCCGAACUUUUGCAUCGCCAUGACAGUCGCUCCGGAGCUGUUUCUACCUGACCACGCAAACACUGCGCUUCAGGUUGCCGCGAGUCGGCUGGUUGGCCCGUUGGGGAUGCGCACGCUGGACCCUUCAGACAAGGAGUACCGCGGAGACUACCACAACGACAACGACUCAAAUGAUCAGUCGAUCGCUCAUGGGUGGAAUUACCAUCAAGGUCCUGAGUGGGUAUGGCCACUCGGGUUUUUCCUCGAGGCUUGGCACCACUUCGGCUCACUGGAGACUUCUUCACCUGCACCCGCGCGCUUCGCAAUGCAAUGGCUGCUGCCACAUCGAGAGAUGCUCCGGAAAGCACCAUGGCGGUCGUUGCCAGAGCUGACAAACAGCAAUGGUGAGCACUGCCACCACUCGUGCCCUGCCCAGGCCUGGAGCCUCGCAACACUGCUGAGCGCCCUUCGGACCAUGACUUUGCAGGCCUGA